AUGGAAGGUCCACGUAUUGUCUCGCCAGCGGGUGCAAGGGCACGACCAGGCCCAACAAACACCGUACUGCUACAACGUUGGGUGCCGUCGAUAUAUCGCUCCGGAACAGACCCAACCAUCAGCCAACCACACCCCGAUGUAGUAGGAAGAAUUCUACAAUCGCUCGAUAGCUACAAUGAGCUCAUCGUACGCCAACCUUACGAUCCUAAUGCCUGGAUAGGUCGUGGACGUCGUAUGAUGAUGCUGAAUUUCCCCGAGUUGGCUGUUGGUGACGCGUAUAAAGCCAAAAUUCUUGAGGCACGCGCUUCAGGGAACGAUAAAGACAUAAGAGUGGAAGUAUACAAGUUGCUCGAACCUGCUUUACAAGCUUGUCAUUGUCAAUGGGAUGCAGCAGAAAUUUUGGACGAGUCAGCCAUGGAUUUCGGGCCCCAGUGGCACGAAGAUGUUGGGAGGAAAGUUGCGAAACUACGUGAGCUUCUGAAGCGGAAAGAGGAGGCUGCAAUACCACUGGGUGGCACACCUUAUGAGCUAAGAGAUAGGAUAAGAGAUGGUGGUGUACUAACUGUCGAAUAUCCGUGGACAGUAGUGCACCAUCUUACACGGGCUCCAGGGCUGGUCAAGCUCAUAAACGAAGAGCUUGAAGGAAGUGAGAAAGAGCCAACAUGUUAUUUGCACCGGAGUACCUUGUCUAAAGACUCAGAGGAAGAUAUGCUAGGCAUAUUCGCAGCUCGUGAAGUAAGAGCUGGCGAACGCAUACUCACAGAUCGGACUGCUACCGGUGUAUGCAGUACACCAACCUCGAACUCAUGUUCUAACUGCUACGCGCGCCUACCGGACAUGGCAAUAAAGACGGAAUGUUGUUCCGAAAGCUACUGCUCAACAGCAUGUCUCGAUCUCGCGAUGAACACCUAUCACAAAGCCAUCUGCGGCAAAGACUUUGCGUGGCUUCAAGAACCCGCUAAAGGCCUGACGCACAAUGCCUCACCUCUUCGACCUCUUCUCAUGUUACGAAUACUGGCAGCAUGUGUCCAAUCCGGUGUUGAGAAGUCGCCGCUAGAUCAUCCUCUGAUUGCGCGUCUCAAGCCCGUCGCUAACAAAAACCAUCUCGAUGUCUUUACUCUCACUGAAUCCAUCAUCAUACCAAUCAAAAUACUAGAACAACUCGGCGUAGACGUCUUCGCAAACCGUAACUUCGAUACGGAGAUUUUACAUUCGAUCUGGACGCGUCUAGCCAACAACAAAGCUGGAUCUUUUGAUCCGCGGCUCGGCUUCGUUGACGAAAUCACGCCCCAUCUUCCGCUAUUCAACCAUAGCUGCGACCCGAAUGUGGAGUGGAGGAGGGAGAAUGGAAGUACCACUGUUCGCUUCUUUGCGAUCAAGCCUGUUAAGAAGGGCGAGGAACUGUUCUGCAGCUACCUGAACGUUGAAGGCAUGCCAGUAGAGCAUAGACAGGAAAUGCUAUGGCCAUGGUUUGAGGGCCCGUGUUUAUGCUCGAGAUGUGAGGAGGAAGAAAGGUCUUUAGGCAUCUAA